CUGUUUCGAGAUAAGAUUGUAAAACACACGACAUGAGCUGGUGUUACAAAGUCCUACAGUCCGUGAACUCCUCACCAGCAGCAGCUGUAGCUACCGUAUCAGGCAGGCUUAUUGAGUGAGUGGCCGCUCCGUAGACAACAACAGGCUACCUCUGUCUGUCCUGUGAUGCUGCACAGCUGUGGGGUGAAGCAAAGCAAAACUAACAAAGAGCCAUAAAAUACAACAUCAGCAUGGGAAACCCAAAUUAGGGGAGCACUCCAAAUCCAGCUCCGUUUCUUAGUUGCAUUUCGGUUUAUAGUUUAUUUCUGUAAUCCUAACACAAAUUAUAAUCUGAAGAAAAGUGAUGUCCUGCUAUAUUCAGCCUUAGUUCGGUGAUUUCUAAGGACAUCGUGGCCCUGAUGUACAGCCUUAGAGUCUUGUUGUGACAGAACAGCCCUGCUGUAAAUAGGAAAAUGGAAUAAAAUAUGCACAGAGCUAGAGGGGUUCAGUCCUACUGGCAGGACUCAGCCCUGCAGCAGCGUCCUUGCGUCCUCAUGUGGCACUAGUCGCUGACUGACUUGUCAGCGCAGCCGGGAGCUGAUUGAAGCCGCGAGUCCGGCUGCACCAUGGCUUCGUUGGAAAACGACGAGACGUGCAGCGACCUCUCGGAGCGUCUGGAGAUCUGCGAGCUCCGGGACCAGUACGUGGAGUUGGAGAACAGCUUCAAGUCCAGGAGCCUGCCCAUCCUCAACGGGCCGAGCCGGGCCGCCUGCAAGGCCGCCGAGCCCCAGCCGGCCCGCGUGGCCGUGGACCAGAGCGCCGAGCUCCGGGCCAGGACCCCGGACUGGGUCCAAGCCGAGUCCCCGUCCGUGAAGACGGACCUGUCCCCCUCGGCGUCCAGCACGGUGGGGCUCAGCAGCUCUCUGCCCGCGCAGGGUCGCAGGGCUGCCGGCGCCGGCGCCGGGGGCAAACUUGGCUUCUCCUUCGCCCGCCUUAUCCGCAUCCCAUCCAGGAAGUACGUGCGGGUCAUCCUGAGGGACUCCCGCUGCUUCCUGUUUUGCAUGUGCUACCUGACCUUCAUCCAGUCCCUGAUGGUUUCAGGCUACCUGAGCAGCGUCAUCACCACCAUCGAGAAGCGCUACAGCCUCCGCAGCUCCGAGUCCGGCCUCCUGGUCAGCUGCUUCGACAUCGGCAGCCUGCUGGUGGUGGUCUUCAUCUCCUACUUCGGCGGCAGGGGCCAGCGGCCGCGCUGGCUGGCCGUGGGCGGCGUGGUCAUCGCCAUAGGGGCCGCCCUGUUCUCCCUGCCCCACUUCAUCUCGCCGCCCUACCAGAUCCAGGAGAUGAACUCGUCGGCGGGUCGCGAGGGCCUGUGUCAGAGCGGCAACCUCAGCGGGCGCGACCUGCUGGAUGUGGCGUCGUGCCCCCGCGACCAGGAGGGCAACGAGCACGACCUGUACGUGGCCCUGUUCAUCUGCGCCCAGAUCCUGGUGGGCAUGGGGUCCACGCCGAUCUACACGCUGGGGCCCACCUACCUGGAUGACAACGUGAAGAAGGAGAACGCCUCGCUCUACCUGGCCAUUAUGUAUGUGAUGGGAGCACUGGGACCUGCAGCCGGCUACCUCCUGGGUGGCGUCCUCAUCGGCUUCUACGUCGACCCCAAAAGCGCCAUCAGCAUCGACCAGAGUGACCCCCGCUUUGUUGGCAACUGGUGGAGCGGCUUCCUCCUGUGCGCCAUCGCCAUGCUUCUGGUCAUCUUUCCGAUGUUCGCCUUCCCCAAAAAGCUGCCUCCGCGCCACAAGAAGAGGAGGAAGAAGAAAAAGAUGGGCUCGCCGGACGACGUGUCCAGCGAUGACGACGUGAUGAAGGAGAAAUCCAGUGGCAAAAGUCAGAAUGUGUCCUCGUCUAUGGGCUUCGGGAAAGACAUCAAAGACCUCCCCCGAGCAGCUCUGAGGAUCCUCAGCAACAUGACCUUCCUGUUCGUCAGCCUGUCCUACACGGCAGAGUGCGCCAUCGUCACGGCCUUCAUCACCUUCAUCCCCAAAUUCAUCGAAUCGCAGUUUGGCAUCCCCGCCUCCAACGCCAGCAUCUACACCGGUGUGAUCAUCGUGCCCAGCGCCGGCGUGGGCAUCAUGCUGGGGGGCUACAUUGUGAAGAAACUAAAGCUGGGCGCCCGGGAGUCGGCCAAGCUGGCCAUGAUCUGCAGCGGCGUGUCCCUGCUCUGCUUCUCCACACUCUUCAUAGUGGGCUGCGAGAGCAUCAACCUGGGAGGCAUCAACAUCCCCUACACGACCGGCCCCACCCUGACCAUGACCCACAGGAACCUGACGGGCAGCUGCAACGUGAACUGCGGCUGCAAGAUCCACGAGUACGCUCCGGUCUGCGGCUCCGACGGAAUCACCUAUUUCAACCCUUGCCUGGCCGGAUGCAGCACCGUGGGGAACGACAGCGCCGGGACGAGGAACUACACGGACUGCGGCUGCGUCCAGAGCCGGCAGGUCAUCACGCCGUCCUCCGGGGGACAGGUCAACCAGCUCCAGCUGGUCAUCGUCAAGACCUACCUGAACGAGAACGGCCACGCCCUGUCGGGGAAGUGCGACCGCACCUGCAACACGCUCAUCCCCUUCCUCAUCUUCCUCUUCAUCGUCACGCUCAUCACCGCCUGUGCCCAGCCGUCGGCCAUCAUAGUCACGCUCAGGUCAGUUGAUGAGCAGGAAAGGCCUUUUGCUCUUGGGAUGCAGUUUGUCUUGCUCCGAACUCUCGCCUACAUCCCCACCCCCAUCUACUUCGGCGCCGUGAUCGACACCACCUGCAUGCUGUGGCAGCAGGACUGCGGCGUCCACGGCUCCUGCUGGGAGUACGACGUCACCUCGUUCCGCUUCGUCUACUUCGGCCUGGCCGCCAGCCUCAAGUUCGUGGGCUUCGUCUUCAUCUUCCUCACGUGGUACUCCAUCAAGCACAAGGAGGACCGGGCCGAGCGCUGGCGCCAGCGCCUCCCCCCGCUGGGCACCGUCAGCGAGCUCAUCUGCCACGCCGGGGGCCAGAAGAGCCACGCCCGCACGCGCUCCUGCCCCGUGUUCCUCCCGCCGCGGGCCGAGGCGCCCGCCGCCCUGCUGCUCGGCCGGGGCCACAGCAGCCUCAGCUGCCCCGGCAAUGCCCUCAAAGCAAUAACCCUGCCCAUACUGUUGCCGCAUCAGCACCGAGGCUCCGCCCGCGUCUGAGCGCGGCCUUCGCCGUCGCCGUCCGUGUCCGUGGGCCGAGACCCGGAGCGACACACGGCGAGAGACACAAGCACAUCCAGCACACCCAAAGGGCUGCUAACUGCCGUUUAUGGCAACGGGAGCCAUUCGGAGCGUAUCAUCUGCUGCAGCCACACCGAAGGCCGGCCGUCCCUUUCAAGGAUGGAUGAUGUGAGGACGUCGCAUGGUGCUAUUACGAGGCAGGGCAUUAUAUUCUCUGUACCGACAGACGAGGCACGAUCAACGCAGUCUAAAGCACAACUGACAAACCUGUACUAUGCAAGAUCCUGUGUACAGCUCCCUCUGUAUUCGUCUGUACCUCUUCUGCUCACAUCGCUAUGCUGCUGUCGGCCCUUUCAACAUUUUCCCAUGCUUUUAGUUUGACCUUGAACACAACCCUUCUCGUAUUUGAGCCUUCGCUCUUGUCCAGCAUUUUAUUUGCUUCUUCCGAAUAGAGAACUGUGGGUUUUUGUUUUUUUAUUAAUUGUCACUUUUGUUUUUCUUCCUUUCUCAUAACUGUGCCUCUCAGGAUGUUUGGGCCAAUCCAGCACACAAGCCAGCUGCCAGGGUAAACGCUAGCUCCAGCAAAGCUCACGCAGACAUUUAGUCAAAGCAGCAGCAGUCGAAGGGUUUCCCCCAUUUUAUCUUUUCAGUGAGCAAUAAAU